CAAUAAAACAAAACAGCCUUUGUUUUCAGAUAACUGUUUGUAAAUGGCAUUACCGUGAUUAUCGAACAUCCAUAUGAUCCACGCUGAAUUCUGUCUAUUUGGCCAAACAAUAAAACUGUCAAGAGUAUAAGAAUGCCCAUUUCUUCUACUCUGAUUUUUCCCCCUUUCUCCAACUUCUCUCUUAAGAAAUGCCCCAUCGCCUCAACAAACAAGCUAAAAUACAUAUGGGAGCCUACUUCUCAGGUCAUUCAACUUCUUCUAAUUAUGACCAAGAGAGGGAAAUUCAAGGAACAACAAGAAUCGAAUCCACCACGAGAACUCCACUGCAAAGGGUGAAAGACUAUAUAAGAGAGAUAACGAUCGUGAGCUCAGUACUUGACUCUUGCCUAUCUUCGCCGAUCACUCCCAGGAUACCAUCUUCACUGCGCCGCAGUUCAGGUUUAGCUGCUAUAGCUGAUCAAGCUAAGCUCAAUGGCUGGUACAUUGAGCCACAUGAGAUCGAGUUUAAAGAACAAGUAGGCCAAGGUAGUACAGCCGUGAUAUACAGAGGAUUAUGGAAAGGAAACGUCGUCGCAGUAAAAUGCAUACACCCAGAAUUUUUCUACUCAAACGACAACCGAGUAACAUUCUUUGUCCAAGAAAUUGAUACGUUAUCACGUCAAGACCACCCCUAUGUGCUACGCAUUAUGGGUGCUUGUUUAGACCCGCCAGAGUUUGGAUGGAUGGUUACAGAAUUUGUGAGCAAGACACUGAAGCAAUGGUUGCAUGGACCUGAUGAUGAAAGGCGGAAAGAGAGAUCGAUUCCUCUUCAUCCACUUCAAGAAAGAGUAGCAAAGGCUCUGGAGAUUUCUGAAGCUAUGGAAUACCUUCAUGGUCAGAAUCCUAAGUUAGUUCACAGAGAUCUAAAGCCAAGCAAUAUCUUCCUGGACCAUGAAAUGCACGUACGGGUUGCAGAUUUUGGACAUGCUAGAUUUUUGGAGGAGGGUGACCAGGCACAAAGCGGGGAAACAGGGACAUAUGUUCACAUGGCACCAGAGGUAAUCAGGUUUGAGUCCUACGACGAGAAGUGUGAUGUGUACAGUUAUGGUGUUGUCCUAAAUGAACUUAUCACAGGCGAACAUCCCUACAUAGAAACUGAUUUUGGGCCUUCCAAGGUAUAGAAAAACUGUUCUUAUGUCCUCCAUAUGAACAGGC